CUGGCAGAGGCACCUGCUGCCGGGGUAAAGGACACGGCAAGCAGAUCCUGGUGCUGGGCCUGGAUGGGGCCGGGAAGACCAGCGUUCUCCACUCCCUGGCAACGAACCACGUCAAGCGCAGCGUGGCUCCCACCGAGGGCUUCAACGCCAUCUGCAUCAACACCGAAGAGUCCCAGAUGGAGUUCCUGGAGAUUGGGGGCAGUGAAUCUCUGCGUUCAUACUGGAAGAUGUACCUGCCCAAAGUCCUGUUGCUAAUCUAUGUCGUGGACUCGGCUGAUCAUGCCCGACUGCCUGUGGCGAAACAGCUGCUUCAUCAACUGAUCCAGAACAACUCCACCCUGCCGGUGGUGGUUCUGGCCAACAAGCAGGACCUCAAAGGUGCGUUUUGCAUCACCGAUAUCCACGAUGCUCUGGCACUGUCUGAUCUUGGGGACGAGAGGAAGAUGUUCUUGAUUGGUACCCAUGUGGCAGAGGACGGCUCUGAGAUCUCCUCCAGCAUGAAGGAUGCCAAGGAGCUGAUAGCGCAGCUGGUUCUGGAAGCACAGGGCGUGCUGCCGCCGGACCCUCCAGGCCUCCCUUGGUCUUUGCCCCCCCUCUGCGAGGGCCGGGUGCCUAGCCGCCCCCUCCCCAGCCUUCCCCCGCAGACGGGCGGCUUCCCGGGCCCGGCCGCGGAGGAGGCAGGAACCGGAGAUGGACGAGCUUCAUCUGCCCUGUUGUUAUCUCAGGCUGAAGAGCAGGCCGCCCAGGCUGCAGGUGUUAACAAGUGUUUGACUUGGCCUCUUCUUGUCUUCGCAGUGUCUUGUUACUUCUCUGCACGCUCAUACGACAGGAUACAAGAACUUGCAGAACCCAAGAAAGCGGCUCGUCCAAACAAUCGCGGGUUCGUGUGGGGAAACCAAGAAACUAUCUGGACCCUCUCACGCAGUGCUUUGACAGCUCGACCGUCCCGAAGAAUAGUGGCACUGGCCAAGCCCAAGCAAUGUUUUAGCAGGCACCAGUGCAGGUCAGUGGUUAAAGGUCGCCCCCCACGAGUGAAUUUUGGCUUGCCUUCUGAUCGGCUGCUGAAGUUGUCUGAACCGAAAAAAUGCCCGUCUGCUUACCUGAGACAAAGACCUCGCCUGUCCCCUGAAUGGCCCGUGUCACCAGCUGCACUGAGACAUAAGGCCUCCCCGCGGACCCUGGAGCUUGCCCGGCCGAAGGUGCUGCACACAGAGUUCCUGAUGGCCAGAGAGGUGCCAACACAGAUUACAACUGCCGCGGCCUUGGCCAGUGCAUCCUCACGGGUACAGCGUCUUGCAGAGCCCCGGGUCAGGAAGGUGAACUGCUGCUAUGAGCACAGCUUCCUUGAGUCUGUCAUCCGCCCGGUUUCCAAGUUUGCUCAGGAGGCAGUUGCAAGCCCUCGGAUCCUGGAGCUGGCUCGGCCAAAAAGAUUGCACCCUGACUACGUGCACCUGAGAGAUCCUGAGUGGCCAGUGACGAAGGCUGCAAAACAGGCAGUGGCCACACCAAGACUUGUGGAACUGGCCCAGCCUUGCAAAAGGCCUCCCAUGAGCUCUGUUCAGUUCAACCCAGACGCUUUCACAGUGAAGGAGGCUGCUAAGAAGGCAACUUGUUCUGCUCGGAUCCAAGAACUGGCUCAACCGAUUAAGCGCUGAACUCCCUCGGAAACAGAGCCCACUGCUCGUGCCAGCUGCCCCCAUCACCCCUGGAACAUCACCCUCUUUGGGCUCUGCUGUGGCUGGAAAAAUCUCCUUGAACAUGGCGCAGAGGCAGCACCCAGCAAUAACACUUUCAUACGAGCAGCCAAUUUUACUGGGCUUAUCUAGGGAGUCAAAUAAAAUGGUCAUUCCUUAAGAGCAAAAGAAUCACCAGGGAAAAAGAGCAGAAUUUUACUUAAUCCGGAGCCACUCUCCCUAGAAUGGGUUAUGUCUGCAGCUUAUCACUCUUCUUAUUUUUUUUUUUCUGUAACAGUUAAGUAAUGAAAUAACUGCUAGUGGAAGCCAGCACAGGAACUGUUUCUUCACAUAAAGAAGUGUGGCAAACCAAAGCCAACGGCGCAUAGUAGGUUGAUGCAACACAGCUCCUGCCCUUGGGUUUCAAAAUUUUUUGCUAAAGUUCAGAGAUCUUCUUAGUAAGGCUCAAAGUUUUGUGCUUGUGACAGAAGUAGAAACACGAAAGGCUGCAAAAUUCCAGAUCCAGGGCUGGAUUUGAUAAGGUGCAAAGCUUUAGUACAGACUUUGGAAGUGUUGGGGUGGUGUGUGUGUUGAGUUGGCUUGGAUUUGGGGCCUGUUUACUCAAAUGCCUGGAGAAGAGGCAGAUCCAGCCUUUUGCUUUACGUGCAUCUUUGAUACAAGUUACACAGGUGGUUAAAUCUGUGCGGUUCAGAUAUUCGGUUGUGUGACCAUGGGCAGAAUAAUGGAGCUCUACACUGGGAUUUUUGGAGCCUAACUCAAAAAAGCAGAGUUCUCCUCAGUGUAAGGGAGAAGGCACGUUGCAAAGAUUAAGAAGAAAACAGAUAUCAGUGCCAGACUCUGCAGAACAAAACUUGAGCUUCAGUCAGGUCUGAGGGUGUGUCGGUUUGGCAGCUGGAUUGCAGGGGAAGAACACAGCCUGUGUGGGACGUGGCAUAGGCAGAUUGCUUUUCUCUGUUUCCUGUGAGUUUGGUAGCCUAGCCAAACUAGCCACUGGCAAUGGGCUGGAGAUACUGAGGCACGAGAGAUGCUCUUCAGCAAGGGACAAAAGCCAUAGGUAAAAGUACCAUUAAAGGGGAACAACCAAAAAUAAGGGUUCUUUCAAGCACGUGGCAGUUUCAAUGCCAGUGUAUCCUAAUCUUCCCUUCGUUAAGCUGAUUCUCCUUCCAAAGGGGUAGAGGCAGGUGACCACAAACCAGAAGAGGAUUAAUCAGAGGAUCCACUAAUUGAUUCAAUAAUCCACUAAGCAGAGGAUUUUUGAACCAUUUUGAACAAGGUAAGGUCACUGGGUAACGGUGCUGGGUAUUUUUAAGCCCAUGCUUUGUCCUGUACCAGGAUGGAUAAGAGUUUGGGCUUUGUGCAAGAGCCUUGGUGCAGCUGCAUCCCUCAGGCUUGAGAAUGGCCAGAAGGACACUGAUGUCUGUCCCCUGCUACCCGGUGGGGGAACCCCAGCAGCACCAGCCUCUGCCACCCUGGGGCUUGGGCUGUGCAUGGAGCUGCCAGGAAUGGACCCGUGGGUGUUGUAGAAGAGGAGAUUGCCCAUGUCUGCAGGCUAUCCCUGUGGUGAGAGAGAAGACUCAUGGUGCC